AUGAGUAGUGUUCCAAUUAAGUUAUUAAGUGAAGCACAAGGCCAUAUUGUUUCUUUGGAAUUAAUUAAUGGAGAAACUUAUAAAGGUAGACUUGUUGAAAGUGAAGAUAACAUGAACGUUCAAUUACAAGAUGUCCUUGUUACAGGAACUGAUAGCAAACAAAGUAGAAUGGAUCAAGUGUUUGUAAGAGGAUCCCAUAUUAGGUUUUUUGUCCUUCCUUCAAUGCUACAAAAAGCUCCAUUAUUCAAAACUGGUCCUCAAUCAAAACAAUUACCACCUGUUCGUGGUCCAAGAAGAAGAUAA